GAUUCACCUACGAAAAGUGUGCGAUAGAGUUUUUGUAUGAGACACUAUUUAGAAAAUAAACCUGUUCUUUACCAAAUCAGUUUGUUUGUGCCGGUCUAUUUAGUAAUAAGAGAAUAAAGAAAAUGAACCUUUACAAUCAGAAUGUCGAAAAAAAGAAUAUAUUGGAAAAAAUAGAACAAAGCAUUCGGCAAUAUUUUGUAUUUCCUGAACAGAAAUUAAAGAAUUUUGAAAUAAAUAUAGAUGAAAUUAUUAAAAAGGCUGCAAAUGGGCAGUUAAAAGAAUACACAAUUGAUUGUAGACCAUUGAGAAAUAAGUAUUUCUUUGGCGAACGAUACACAUACGGUUCAAGAGAAAACGGUUUAGGAUCUGAAAGACUGUACCCCAAAGACACAGUCGACAGAAUUCCUAACUGGAUAACAAAUUCCCUAAUAAACCCACUUAUAGAAGCCAAAAUCCUGCCUAAAAACUAUGUAAAUAGUGUUGUAAUUAACGACUAUCAACCAGGAGGGUGCAUAGUGUCCCAUAUCGAUCCUCCUCAAAUUUUUGAUAGACCCAUUAUUUCCCUCAGCUUAUUUAGCGAUAGUGCUCUUUGUUUCGGUUGUAAAUUUCAAUACAAACCUCUUAGAUGUUCAACACCUUUACUUAGAUUGGAUAUGCCCAGAGGAGCUGUUACUUCUUUAAGUGGAUUUGCGGCAAACGAAAUAACUCACUGUGUGAGACCAGAGGAUGUCACUCAAAGAAGAGCAGUUAUUAUGUUACGAAGAGUGCACAAUUGCGCUCCAAGACUGCCCACUGAAAACCAAAUUUCUAAUUCACACAAGAUAUUUAAAAAGAUUGGUUCCGUUGUAUUAAAUCCUGAAGAAUUUUCAAAGUUACAUCUAAACUUAUUAAAAUGGCAAAAUGAGGGAAAUUCUUUCGGAAGAAUUGGAAAAAGAAAUAAAAAUAAACGCAAUUUUACACGUUAUACAGCUAAUUAUUACAAAAUGGUUUAGAUUAUUUUUAAGGUCUGUUACGGUUUUAUAUUAAAUAUCUAUCAAUAAAUUACGUU